AUGACCGACUCCUCUACUCACAUCGCCAAUCCAAUUUCGUCCGAUGAAGCGGAUGACAAUUGGUCAGGGCUGACUGACCCGGCUGAGCGUCGACGGCGGCAAAACCGCAUCAACCAGCGGGCCUACCGGAAGCGUAAGCGGCUCCAAAAUAAGGACAUCCACCCUAAGAGCUUGGUCAAAUCGACCAAGCCAGUAUCAUCGACAUCAUUGGCAUCACCUACAUCGGCAUCGGCAUCAUCGGCAUCAUCGGUAUCAUCAACAUCGCCCCAGUCCCAGAACGCCAUCAUUCCAUCUAAACUCAAAGCAUGCAGCCCGGGGACUCUACAAGAUCUACUGGAGAAAUUUGCAAAAUCAGCCAUUGAAAGCUACGCACGCGGCGAUCCGACAGCCGACCACCUCAUGACACUGACGAAAGUCAAUGUCUUCCGAGCCUUCACGCAGAAUUUAGAAUUGAUCGGCUGGUCACCAUAUUGGAUGGAAGACGACGCCAUCUCCAUCUUCAAUCAAGGGUCCCCCCAAAGAGAAUCCACAGCCUUCGAUCACAGCCAUCUCCCACCCAUGCUUCAGCCCACGCGGGUCCAAAAAGCCAUGCCUCACCACCCGUGGCUAGAUUUCUUCCCUCUCCCCAAAAUGCGCGACAAUCUCAUCGAAGCAGGCGAUGAAUGGGACGACGAACAGCUCUGCCAUGACAUCAUGGGAUUCUGGGGCGAGUCGACAAUGGACUCCGGACUCCUGGUGUGGGGGGAACCGUGGGACAUUCGAAAUUGGGAAGUGACAGAGCCGUUUUUGAAGAAGUGGCAGUGGAUAGUUCGGGGGUGUCCUGAAUUGAUGAACGCGACGAAUGCUUGGCGCGCGCGUCGGGGCGAGAAGUUGAUAUUCCGCUAUAUCUAA